AUGUCUGAUACCCCAACGCCUCAACCGAAAAGGAAGAGAGGCAGGCCAAGAAAAGUCAAGAUAAAUGAGGCGGAACGACCAAUCCCAGCAACAUUUGAUGUAAACGAUAUGCUGAAGACAUCUUCCACAGUCACAACCUCUUCCAAUUCCACUACCAACACAAAUAACGCAUCUUAUAUCGAUGAAAGCCUGGUAUCUCAAUUGGAACAAGUAUCAGUUGAAGUACAAACUCCGACAACGAGAAAGAGACCGAGAAGAGCUGCUUCAAAGCGAGCUCAGAAUAAUUUAUCACAAUUGAACCUGGAAGUUCUUAAUCAUGGACAAGCAAUGGACCAACAACAUCAUACAAAUCAUGAAGACUCUGAUUUUGUCAUGGAUGAUGGCGAUGAUGUUGCUGAUCACGACGAUGGGGAUAAUACUGAUGAUGACGAUGCAUUGGCCCAAUUACAUGAUAUCGCCAUUGAGCUAGCUGGGAAUCAAGACGAUGAUUAUCAAGAGGAUGGAAGUACUAUCAGGAAAAGGAGGACGAAAAGAGCCAGCCCUACUAAGAAGAAAACAACACGGAAACAAAAGAAGUCUUUCACAGAUUCCAUAUCAUCCCAAAGUGGAUCAGCUACACCGACAUCGAAGCUAUCUCAAAAGGGCCGUUAUGUUAGAGCUUUGAAAGAUUUGUCAUCGGCAAGGGAUAAACUCGAGAGAUUAUAUGGUAUUAACCGAGACAAACUAUUAGGUCUAGCUCAGUUGAAAGAUGGUUUCGAGGAAAGUGUCUUUGAUUUCCCUAUAGAGAACAUUCAACGUGAAUCCUCUUAUUAUGUAGAUAUUAAACCGCCAUCUACAAAAAAUUGCGAUCUUACAAAGUUUCAAAAUAUUCCACAAACUGAUUAUAGAAUUAUUCAAGAGGAAGAAUUUAUUCAAAUUUUUCAACAUAGGCAUGAAAGGGUGAAUGUUGUAAUCAAUGACGCUGAGGCAUCGCUUGGUAACAACGAAAAGGUAGAAUUUCCCAAAUUACCAUAUUAUAAAAGGACCGGUUUCGUAUAUAAUUUAGGAGGGCUAGUUACCGACAUGGCGUGGCUACCAUCAAACAAUUCUGAGUCAGCUCCACAAUAUUUAGCUAUAUCAUUAUCUCAAUAUUAUGAUGAGCCACUGAAUCGACAUUUACAAAUGUUCAAUAAAGAGAAACAUAUAUCCUGUAUUGAGAUAUACCAAUUUGUUCCUUCAACUUUGAAAUUUUCCAAAAUACAAACAAUUGUUCAUAAUUUUGGUGAAACAUGGAAUCUAAAAUGGCAUGAAGGGUAUAACACUAAUAUUUGCCAGAUCAAUCAUCCAGACAUGGGACAAGGCAUAUUAGGACUAUUGGGGUUCGUAUGUCAAGAUGGGUCUAUCAAAUUUAUCCAAAUACCGAAAGUAUCAUCCUCAAUACUUGAUACCGAUAAUAAUAAUAAUAACAACAAAGAUGAUCCAAUAAUACGGUAUUGUGAAACGGCUUCUAUUUCCGUUUCCUUGUCAACAACAUCUAUAAGUUGUUUUGAUUUCAGAUCUUCGUCAACUAUAGUAUGUGGAUUUAAGAAUGGAUAUGUUGCGGAAUUCGAUUUAUUCGAAAAAAUGAUACCAUCAUAUUACAUUAGGGUUCACGAUUCAUAUAUCCUCUCCGUCUGCAAUUCAUAUUCGGAAUUUGAAAACGAUGUAAUUAAUACAAUUUCAGUAGAUGGUUAUUUCAAUUUAUUCGACCCUAAAGAUAUACCAACGACUUUAACUAACGUUACCCGAUUCAGAGGUAGUAGUUUAAUGCCUUUCAGUUAUAUACCAAGAUUAUAUUCAAUGAUAUUUGCAGAUGGUAGUAAUACAAUAAGAAGUACUGUCCCAAGAGCAUGUUUUGCUAUACAUCCAAUAGCAUCAAGGGAAACUACCGUUGCUAGUAUCGGUACAUCAAAACUACAUCCAAUGGUAUUAAGUGGCGCAGCUGAUGGUUCUAUAUAUAUUGAUAAUGCGGCAAGAAGAUUACUGACAGGUGCUAAAGGUAUUUCAAAAACUUUAAAAUCUUUAAGACUUUGGAAGUGGGAUUAUGAUCAACCUCAAGAUAAGUAUGUUUUAGAUUAUAAUUAUCAAGUUAGUACAUCUACCGCUAAUAGUGUUAGUAAGGUUAAAGUAGAUUUUCCCAGAAUUAAUAUAUCAUGCAUUAAAUGGAAUGAAAAUGAAGUAACGGGGAAGUACUAUGCCUUUUCUAACAGUGCCGGUUUAUUAACUGUUGAAAAUUUAGGUGAAGGAGAGGAAUAG